UAUUAAUAAAUAAUAAAAUAAUUUAAAUCAGUUAUUUCAAUAAUGAAAAUAAUAACAUCAUUUAGAAAUUGAUAUAGACCAACACUCUAAACACCAAACCCUAUUCCCUAUACCACAAAUCCAAACUCUAUAUUAUAAUAAAUUUUUUUUUUUUAGUCUCAAAUCUUAAGUUUAAAUUCAAAUUCUAAUAUAUUUUAAAAAAAAAUUAAAUGAAAUACUAAAUCAAAACCUCAAACCCUAAACUAUAAACCUCUAUAUAUCAUACCCCAAAUUAAUCAUAUAACCUAAUCUCUGACUAAAAAAAUUUAAACUCUAAUCUUUUUAUUAUUUAACUUGAAAUCUUAAAUUUAAUCUUAAAGUCUAAUAUUAAAUCUUAAAUCUAAACACAAAACACUAUAUUCCAAACCCUAAAUUUAAUCAAUUCACAAUUCACUCUCAAAUCUUAAACUCCAAACUUCAAACACCAUACUCCAAACUUAAACUUUAUACCUCAAACCAUAAAACCUAAACUUUAAAGUUUAUAUCUAAUCUAAAACUAUAUACUUAAUUCAAAUAUUCAAAACCAUAAUUCUAUAGGCUAAACUCUAUUUUCAUAACCCAUAAUUCCAAUUCAUAUACCCCAAACAUUAAUAACAAAAUUUAAAUUUUAAAAUUUUAAAUUCAAAUAUAAAAUUAAAAUUUUCAAAAUACAAAUUGUGAAAUCUAAAUCUUUGAAUUUUGUCUCAAAAUAAUUUAUGGGCAUUACAAUUCUACCAUUAAUACUUUGAGUAUUAAAACAAAAAUAGAAAAGUAAUUAUACAAAUUUGAUUGGUCAAAACAAACGGACAAAAUGAUCUACUUCAUGUUCGCCCUAAUAUUCUCUCAACUUUCUCGCCGCCGUAAAAGUUUGUGACCGAAGAUCUCCGCUUCUCCGGUGGCUAGGCUUUCUGCCGACGCCGGAGAAGGCCCCCUUUGCUUCUACGGAUCUACUUCGCGAAAUUUUCCUCAUCUUCAGAACUUCUUCUUUUUUGAGGUUUGGCGGAUGAGACCUGCUCGUAUUUUUUGUGGCUGCCUGUGGUCGAGGGGUGGUGGGUCGCUGUCAAUUUAUGGUGGGUUCCUGUUGAUGGUCUCAAUUUCACCUUUCCUUGUGGGUGGUAGCAGAUCUGGUGGAGUCUGCUUUUUGAUGGUAUUUGCGCCGGUUCUCUGAUCGUGUGGUGGUAUGCAGUCUUCUGAUUUUGUUGGGUUCUGGUCUGGCCUCUCCUCGGUUCUCGCCUGCGGGUUGGGGUUCGUUGGCGUCUGGUGAGGGCAAUGCCUUUGUGCUACUAUACCUAUUAUUGGUAAGUUCAGAUUCCUGUCGGGUGUGUUUCUUUAUGAAACUGUAGGAAUGGAGUCGUUUCCUUGGAUCAAACGCUGGGAAGACACGAAAGGGUUCAAAAAAAUCUAUUAUGGACCCAUGUGUAUUUUUGUUUAAAAAUUAAAAAAAAAAUCAAAAAUAGGAAAAAAAUAUUAAGUAACCAAGAAACUUCAACUUAUUUACAAACCCAAUCACUGAAACCCAUUAACCCGAUCCGACCCAACUUGAAAACCCUAAAUUCCCAAUUUUAUCUUUUCCCACUCACGAUUUCAGACUCUCUCUCCCAUAACCACCACGAUUUUAAACUCCCAUCUCUGAUCAAACUUAGAUUCAAGCACAAUCAUCUCUAAACAACAAUCCCCAUCUCCAAUUUCGUAUUCAAUUUCGUGUGUGCAAUGUCGCCAAAAUCUCGGCUCGCCAAGAUGAAAGAAAAAACGGAAGCGUCGGAGAAGAAGAAGAACGCCGACGUGAAAAGAAGAAAAGGAGCGGCAGCGAAAAGGAGAGCCGCCAUUAAGAAAAAGAGAGAAGCGGCGAAGAGGAGUGAAACCACAGAGAAGAAGAGGAAGCGAGACAGUGGUCUGGACGGUGGGUCCUCGUCGAAUCCAACCAAGAGGACUCGGAACCGUGUGAGAGAAACCGCAGCAUCUCCACCGGAACAUCAAGGCGUUCAUGCCCCCACACCAGCAGCAGAAUUGCCUUCUCAGGGCGAUAGCGAGGGUACACCAUGCCCAAUGAUUCCGAGUCAGCCACAAAAAUCGCCAACACCAACUCAUGCAGCGAGUGAGGCCGAGAAUCAACAACAACCUCGAGUAACCUCAGGCUCUUCCACAAAGAGUCCUUCACAUCGUGUAGACGAGCAGAACGGUGAGGAGAUUGGAUCUAACAACAGAGAUUCAAACGCACCCGAGGUUGCCGUUGAUAAUGACGCUCCAAGAACGGUUGAGAGGGAUGAUAUGACCGUAGAAGCUGCCAGACCUGCUGGUUUUUUCUUCAAACCGAGCGACUAUGGAAAGGGUUGCAAGCUCUCCUCAAGGUGCCAUCAACAUGAUUUUCUGAAGACGAUUAAAAAGUUAGAGGCCUCAGAGAAGAGUUGGUUUCAAGAUCAUCCUCAGUUCAAGCAUAUAUUCCACAUGGAUUGUACCCCAACAAGAAAAGUGAUGGGAUUUUGGAUGUUGCUACUUCGUACUAUGCAUACAGGAAAGGGUCGACAAGCUUGGUUUGGGGUAAACGGUGUUCCAAUUAGAUACUCCAUCAGGGAACAUAGUCUCCUCUCUGGUUUAUACUGCCACUCAUAUCCAGAAAACUAUCCGAGCAUAGGGAGCAUGAAGUUUGCGAGAAAGUAUUUUAAGGUAAAGAAGACAAAGGAUGGGAAGGAAAAGGGUCUGCAAGUGACAGAAGCGGAUGUCUUAGAGAAACUUCAGAAGAUGAAGUUUGAUGGUAGUGGCGAUCGUCUGAGGAUGGUGGUUCUUUACUUUUUGGCUAGAGUUUUAAGAGGAAGGUCAAAAUGAGGAUACUUCAUUGAGUAUUUCAUUCUCCAAGCAGCAGAAGAUCUGGAGUUUUGCACCGAAUUUCCAUGGGGCCGUUACACAUUUGAUGAUUGCAUGAAGGAGAUUUUUCAUGUGAGGGAUCAGUUUCGUGAUGGGAUCCCAAAGAAGGCACAGUGGGUAUUUCCUGGGUUUAUCAACCCGUUGGAGAUAUUAGCAUUUGAAUGUAUCUCUGUCCUUAGAGAUAGAUUCAGAGAGCCUGUUCCAAACUGUCCUGAUGGUUGUCCAAGAAUGUGGAAAUGGAAGUUCAAGAGGACCGGAACAACAGGAUUUCCACUUGACAUGAUUUAUCGGACGCUAGGAAACACAAAGGAGAUUAUCAGUAUUUUGCAAUCACUGCCACUUUCUUCGUUUUCACCAAUCAAUGGUGGAAACUUCUUCUUUCUCUUCCUCCGAUAUUCUCCGGCAGACGGGAACCUAGUAACUUGUAGUCUUCCUUUUUUUUUUUUCUCUACAUACGGAGGGAAGACAACCUGAGAUCGGAUUUCCUCAGGAAUUUCAGAACUUUCCCAUGUUGAAUGAUGAGGCACUGGAUAUAUUGUCCUGUAAUAUGCCAAAGUCCACUGC